AUGGAAGCUCUGGCCUGGCUCCUUGGUGCUUGCUGCCUGCGGUGGGUACUAGCUAGCGGAGAGAGGGAUGGUAAGAAAAGUCAGCAAGUGGCGGCACGACGGGAGAUGACUCGGGAGGCGGAACCACGGCGGUUCGGUGUGGCAGCAAUGGAGAAUGUGGCCGUGUGGGAGACCGCGACCCUUGGACAAGUGUGGGCGCGAGGCGGCUGGCGGCUCGGGAAUGAGAAAGAAUAA